AUGACAGACACGGCAGGUCAAGGAGAGCCCAUCAUCGCGUCCACUCCGGAGACGGAGUCCGUGACCACCAUACCCUGCGCAAUUUGUCGGAGACAGUUCUCUCGCUACACCUGCCCGCGCUGCAACAUCCCGUACUGCUCCCUAGUCUGCUUCCGUUCCGAGAAACAUGGGGACUGCUCAGAGUCGUUUUACAAGAAGGAGGUCGAGCUCGAUGUGAAGAGCGCGCCGUCCGCAGGAACAGAGGAGAAGCGGCGCAUGAUGGACCUCCUCAAGCGGUUCGAGGAGGACGCCCUCGACGACAGCCCACUCUUGGGCGACCCGGACAAUGGCGCGGAUGAGGAUGCGGACGACCUCGAGGGGCGCCUUCAGAACGUUAACCUCGAUUCGGCAUCCUACGAAGAGCUGUGGGCGGCUCUAACUCCGGCGGAACGCGACAAAUUUCUGAAAGCACUGGAAGAUCCUAACAGCGAGCUUGCGCAGCAGCUCCUGGCGAGCGAAGAGCUAGAGCGGGAACGCGUCAAUCCGUGGUGGGAGGCCCCCACCGCGUCCGGAUCAGAGGACCUAUCGGGCGGAGAGGCAGAACGAAAAGACCGCACGCGGCCAUCACCCAUUAUGCCCAUCCCCGCGCCCCUGGUCAAGCAGGCAGCGAAUAACGCACUCAGUGGACCGCUCCUCCUGUACAAUAUAUGCGCCGUAUGCAUUACAUAUGCAUACAUCGUCCGCCAUUUCGCGAUCUCCUCGCUGUCCUCACUCGCGCAGACCGACCCGGACCGCACAGAAGUUGCGCAGUCGAUAUCACGGCUCGUGCCCUUUCUCACAGACCGCAAGUCGACACUUGCGCACUCCUCCCUCUCUGGGGUCGUAACAGAUCUAUGGUCGCGGUUUCCGCCAGGCCACAUGAACCCGCAGUUCUUCUCACUCCUCCUGAAAGAUACCGCGUUGCUAUUACGGCCCGCGACCGUGACGGUCAUCCCCGAGCCCAAGUCCGCGCUCUCUUCUGCGGACCUCGAAGCGGACCCCAGCGCGAACGCGCUGCGCGUCCUUUCCGACUUCGCCGAGUUCUUCACCGAAUCGCUAGCGCCAGACCGUGCGUCCGAGAGGAUGGCGUCUUCCGCGCAACCGAAGCCGCGCCCAAGACCAAACCAUGUCGUUCACAAGCUUACGUUCUACGCGGCAUAUCUUCUGGGCACCCCUGCGCCUAUGUUGCGGGUUCUGGCGGACGAAGCCACCAUGCGCGCGAACGCGCUGGAGAAGGAGGCGAAGCAGGCGGCACAGAGUGGUGGUCAGAGCAUCAACAGGGUCGGGCAGCGGCCCAGCCAGGGAGGGGCCAGAAUUGAGGAGUUGACGUAG